AUGAAACGUAAAUGGAGGGGAAAGGAAUUCAAGGAUUGUCUUUGGAAUUGUGCAACAUGUACCACCAUACCACAAUUCAACAGUGCCAUGGAAGAACUAAAGAAACUUAACAGCGAAGCAUGGAGGGCACAUUGUGAUGCUUUGUUGAAUAAUAUGUGUGAGAGUUUAAAUAGCAAGAUAGUGAAGGGUCGUGAUAAGCCAAUUAUCAGUUGCUUGGAGUUUAUUAGGGAGUAUAUCAUGAGGAAAAUUGUCAUGGUUCAAAAAGAAAUUGACAAAGCUAAUGGCCCAUUAACUCCUACAGCCACUAAGACCCUUCAAAAAAUUAAAGAAAGGGCAAUACAGUGUAGGGCAGUGUUCUGUGGCAAUGGGAAGUACCAGGUUACAAGUGAAGGUACUAAUCAGUGUGUGGCUAAUAUGGACCAACAAACUUGUUCAUGUAACAGGUGGGAACUGACAGGCAUACCCUGCAAACAUAGUAUAGCAACUAUAUGGGAUAUGAGGCUCAACAAUGAAAAUGUUGGAAUACCUGAGACAUGGGUUCACCCAACAUAUUGGCUCAAGACUUGGAAAGAAAUGUAUGUCUUCAAAGUUGAAACUAUUAAUGGGAGGUUUUUGUGGGAAAAAAGCACAUGUCCUACCAAGUUGGUACCACCAAAGUAUCGUGUCCCUAUUGGCAGACCAAAAAAAAAAAAAAGAAGAUCUGCAACAGAAGAUGAUGGAGUGUACACAAAAUGGAAAUCUAUAACAUGCACAAAAUGUGGAAAUUUGGGCCAUAAUGGAAGGACCUGCAAGGGACAAUCACAGGCUGGGAAUGGAACAGAAGAAGGUGCAGCAGGUAGCAGUCGUGGUGUAACAAAAGGAGUUGGGAAGAAGGGAAAAAGCCCCAUGAUUUGA